UUAUAAGAAAUUCAAGCAGUUCCACCUUCCGUCUACGACAACCUGUAGUUUUGUGUAGUGCGAUGGACGGCCGAUUAGAGACUGAUUUGUAUCCUUUGGGAUCCAGUUACGUCACUGAAAUAGACAGUGUCCAUGAUAUAACAGUUGGCACAAAGAGGGGAUCCGACGAACUCUUUUCCUCCUGCAUAUCUAACGGACCUUAUAUAAUGAGCUCGGGAGCAGCAAAUGGUAAUGACAGUAAGAAGUUCAAAGGGGACAUCAGGAGCCCAGGCAUUCCAUCACGAGUCAUUCAUGUACGCAAGCUUCCCAAUGACAUAAAUGAAGCAGAAGUCAUUUCUUUGGGGCUUCCCUUUGGCAAGGUGACCAACCUUCUGAUGCUGAAAGGAAAGAACCAGGCAUUCUUGGAGAUGAACAAUGAGGAGUCAGCACAGACCAUGAUCAGCUACUACUCAUCUGUCACCCCAGUUAUUCGGAACCACCCAAUCUUCAUGCAGUAUUCCAAUCACAAGGAGCUGAAGACUGACAAUUCACCCAACCAAGUUAGAGCGCAGGCAGCACUGCAGGCGGUGAAUGCAGUCCAGACAGGAAGCUUGUCUUUGAGCAGUGUUGAUGGAGCAGGCAUGGGGAGCCAGAGCCCUGUGCUAAGAGUCAUUGUUGAAAAUCUCUUCUAUCCGGUUACUCUUGAUGUCCUUCAUCAGAUCUUUUCUAAGUUUGGCACAGUUUUGAAGAUCAUAACCUUUACCAAAAACAACCAGUUUCAAGCACUGGUCCAGUAUGCAGAUGGAAUGACUGCUCAGCAUGCAAAGCUGUCUUUAGAUGGACAGAACAUCUACAAUGCGUGCUGUACCCUUCGCAUCAGCUUCUCUAAGCUCACCAGCCUGAAUGUUAAGUACAACAACGAUAAGAGCAGAGACUACACUCGCCCUGACCUACCUACAGGAGACAGCCAGCCCUCCCUCGACCAGCAGACAAUGGCUGCAGCUGCGUUAUCUGCUCCUGGUAUAAUAUCUGCAUCACCAUAUGCUGGGGCACAUGGUUUCCCACCAACAUUUACCUUUCAACAAGCAGCAGGUCUGUCUUUGCCUGGUAUGCCUGCCGGGGCUUUUGCAUCACUCGGGGUCCCUGGUGCUGCUGCAGCCGCUGCUGCAGCCGCUGCUGCUGGACGGCUGAGUCUCUCUGGUCUCACUGCUGGAGGGCAUAGUGUCCUGCUGGUCAGCAACCUGAACCCUGAGAGCGUUACGCCCCAAUGCCUCUUUAUUCUUUUCGGUGUGUAUGGUGAUGUCAUGAGAGUGAAAAUUCUGUUCAACAAGAAGGAGAAUGCUUUGGUGCAGAUGUCUGAUGGAACCCAAGCCCAACUAGCAAUGAGUCACUUGAGCGGGCAGAAACUGUAUGGUAAGGGUUUGCGGGUGACUCUAUCCAAACACACCAUGGUGCAGCUGCCACGUGAAGGCCAUGAGGAUCAGGGGCUCACCAAGGACUACAGCAACUCUCCUCUUCACCGCUUCAAAAAGCCAGGCUCCAAGAACUACUCCAACAUCUUCCCUCCUUCCUCAACCCUCCACCUCUCCAACAUCCCACCUUCUGUCACUGAGGAUGAUAUCAGAGGCCUGUUUCUAAGCUCAGGAGCUGUGGUUAAGGCCUUCAAGUUUUUCCAGAAAGACCGUAAGAUGGCUCUCAUCCAGUUGGGUUCUGUGGAGGAAGCAAUCGAGUCGUUGAUCAAAUUUCACAAUCACGACCUGGGAGAGAACCAUCACCUCAGAGUGUCCUUCUCCAAGUCUACGAUCUGAUGGAGUGGUGGGUCCAGAAGCCGUUAAGUUUUAUUGAAGGAGAGAGGGGACUGUCACUUUAGACCAAACUUUAAGCCUUCCACAAGUUAUAUCACUGUGGAUAUGUUUUCCACAACACACACUUCAUCAUUCCUUUAUUAUAUCUAUAUUCUUGUAUGUAUGUUUAUUUGUAUUUCCACUUUAAACCAGUAGAACAGAGGUAUACUUUAACCCAAUGUGUCUGGGUUUUAAUAGUACCUUUCUCUGACGGUUUGUCACGGACCUGAUUUUAGUGGCACAAACUGAUUUUGGAUCAUAGAUGCUGCAUAGUUUACACUUGUGCCUCUGCGGAAACCCGCACUCUUUCAGGUUGUAUACACAAAGCCUUUCUUCAUUUGUUGAACCUAUCAUUAACCUCCUCAAGCCAAACCCCCCCUCCCCCUCGCCAAAAACUGCGCCUUACAUAGUGCUUAAUAUAUCAAUGGCCUUAGUAAUAUCUUGGUGGUGGUUGCUCCAAUGCAGGAGCCAGUAACCUCAAAAUUUCUAAAAUGUUCCCAGGUAGUUUUUGUCUAAAAUGACUGUAACAGGAGCCUAGUAUAAUGCACAAAUGUAAAGGGCAGCAUUUAGCGGUUCAGUUCUUUACCGGCUUUGAUUUUUACCGGACUAUCACAGCUUGUUUGGCUUUUGCAGAUAGCUAAUCUAUAUAUGUUGUUCUACUCAUACCGUAUAUUAAAAAUUUAUAUAACUAUAGUUUCAUUCCAUGUUAUAUAUAUUUUUAAAAAAGCACACAUAAUAUUUCUAUACUGUAUCUGUCUGGCAUUGGCCCACUACACUCUCUGUGCCUAGACCACCAUAUUCUCCUUUUAUUUGGGGAUACACAUUGUAAUUUCCCCACUCUUCCCCAUUGCCCUGCUUUUUACAGGUUUUGUCAAUUCAAAAUGAAACCAUUUGGAACCAGUCCAGAGUUCACAGCCUUUGAUUUUGCCUUUUGGUGCUCUCACCCUCAUUUACCACGUUAAAGAAUUAAAACAUUAGCAUUACAGAGUCUUAAGCGACCGUUUGAUGACAUUUGACAAAGACACCUGUGAAAAGACUUUGGACUCUCUUUGGCACUUUUUUUUUUUUUUGUGUGAAGUGUAGGAAAAAUGUUAAGCAACAUUAAGGCCAUGGUUUUUCCAGUUCAUCAGUUUCAUCUUGUUUGUGGUGUGAACAAGGGACUUGAUUCUCAGACAUUCCCUUGAACCUUUCAGCUUGUAAUUGUGUUUAGGGGAAAAAAUGCUCUUUGUUUCUUUGAGCCUUUGCAAUUUAGCAGAAUAUUGCAUUCCUUACAGGAGUCGAGUUUGUUUGAAUGGCUAUUAUUUUGUUUUUACGGAGUAGCAGCAUGAUGGACCAAAGCAUCUUCCAUGUUCUACCAGCCAGUUUUGUCUUUUUCUUAUUGAAGUUUAUCUUGCUGUGCAGCAAUAUUCUGUUUUCUGUAUCAACAGCCUUGAUUUAGUGGGAAGGAGUCAGUUUAAAGGGCUGUGUCCAUAUUGCCUUAUUUGUUUACAAAAAGCAACUAAACAACUUGGAGAAAUAUUACAAACAAAAUAGAAAAGACAUGGCUUAAAUAUGUAUCAAAAUAUUAUUUCUGUUGUCAGAGAACAGAACCAAAUGAAAGUCUUAAGUGGAGAACUUAUUUCUGUGACAUUUAGUUAUUCCUUGUUUUUCCCUGUAUGGAUGUAAUAUUGAGAAGCAUAGUGGGUGAAGGCUACUGUAUAUAACUUUUUUCUUUUUUUUUUAGUAAUUGAAAAUCAACAUCAGUUCUGUCUCAAACAUGUAUAUUUUGAUAAGGUAAUAGCAGAAAUUCAGCUCAUUGUAGAGCCUUUUUUUAUUACACAAUAUUAAAGAGAUUCCUACACAUUGUGUCUGUAUAUGUAAUUGCCCUUUUAAAUGCAUAACCUUUCUUUUGAUAGUUCCUCAUACAUUUCUGCCUUCAAUAAAUCUUUCAGUUUCUCCCUUUCA